UGACGUCACACGGAGCCCUUCCUUCCUUCCUGCUUGCUAGCUUAGCUAUCCCUUACCGAAGUCAGGUCGUAUUCAGGAGCAUUUACAAUAACCAUAAUAACAACAGCUGCGACAUAUAGUCCAGGUAAUUUAUAUCAGAAAGGCUUCCGAACCUCUGGGACAUGGCCAGACAAGAACAAGUCCUCCAGCUUGAGCCACCACACGAAUUGAAAUUUAGAGGUCCAUUUACAGAUGUUGUCACAGCCACCCUGAAGCUAGGCAACCCAACAGAUAGAAAUGUGUGUUUCAAAGUCAAGACGACCGCGCCCCGUCGAUACUGUGUCCGUCCAAACAGUGGCAUCAUUGACGCAGGCACCUCCAUCAAUGUAUCUGUUAUGCUACAGCCUUUCGACUAUGAUCCCAAUGAAAAGAGCAAACACAAAUUCAUGGUGCAGUCCAUGCUUGCACCAUAUGACAUGACUGACAUGGAAGGGGUGUGGAAAGAGGCAAAGCCAGAGGAGCUGAUGGACUCCAAGUUGAGAUGUGCAUUUGAGCUGCCGCUAGAGAAUGACAAAACUCAUGACAGUGAAAGCAACACAAAUGUGUACUCUACUCCCAUAAAGUCAGAGCUCUCCUCACUCCCUAAGUCGGCCAGCUCCUCCCUGGAUGACGGGGAGGCGAAGAAGAUCAUGGAGGAGUGCAAGAGACUGCAGAUGGAGGUCCAGAGGCUACGGGAAGAGAACAAACAGAUAAGGGAGGACGAUGGUCUGCGGAAGAGGAAGGUCACGCCCAUGGUGUCCUCCCCCCACUCCUCUUCCUCCCAGGCCAUGAUGAAGGAGGAGGGCCUGAGUACCCGCGUGCUGGCGCUCUGCGUGCUGUUCUUCAUCAUCGGAGUCAUCAUCGGGAAAUUGGCCCUGUAGAGACAGCCAGCGGCAGCGUGCUCGGAGGACCGAACAAAACAACAACAACAACAGGAUGUGUACUUUUUUUGUUGUUGCAUAAUGCAAUAUCACAAGUUUAUUUGAGUAGUGACAUUUUUUAACAUAAAAAAGCGAAGAAGGUAAUCAAGAGUCGUCUUGCCUUUUAAUCACUAUUCUCUAUCCUGCCACUCCUACUUGCACAGAUACAGUACAAAUUAUUGUGUGAGGAAGUGGCAACGUUGUGAUCUAUAAGUAUCAAUAAUAGCAAUGUGUUCCAGUAAGGCCAACGCUUUUCCUACUGCAGAAUUAACGUGACAGUUCUAUGAUGUUGUGUGAAUGUUUUAAUCACUGCUUUUUUAAGGGAAGGAGACGUAUGUUGUGUGUGAGUUGAGAGGCUGCUGGUGAAUUUUAGCAAGAAGGGGUAAUUAUGUAAAUCCAGUCAUCCAACUUAUUCCUUUAUAAAAACAGAAAAUGUAUUUAGGGGGUAACUGAAAAUAAAAUGUUAACCAUAAUUUUGUCCCAAAGAGACCCCUUUCCAAUACAGUAGGUUGCUUUUUAUUUCCAAUAAUCAAAUUUGUAAUUGAUUUUCUCAGUCACAGAAGAUGUACCGUCUCAUCGUGCUGCAGUGAAUUAGUUCUACACACACUCAUUUAGUGACAGUGUCUGAGGUGAAGGUACAGAAUGACUGACUUGUCGUUUGGUCGAAGGCCCGGGAUGCGAGUGCUUUCCUCAGGGUCAGUAUGAAAUGGGUGUCAUCUUCAGAGAGAAAAACUGAUGCAGCUUUUCCAGAUGACAGCAAAUGGUUUUAUCUCAAGUUAAGCCUGCAAGUGAUCCAAGUCCUGUAUCAGCUGAUUGCAGGGGAGUAAGAGAAAUAUGCAACAUCCAUUUUUGACGUACAGUACACUAAAAUAUAAGGAUGGGUUUGGACUCAUAACGGUGUGUAUAUAGUUUGAUAGUACUUUGUGUUCUCGUGCUUUGCUUCAGUUGUUUGCUUUGAGUAUCAUGUAGGCAUAAUUGUUUUGUAAUUAUAUUUGUAUGCACUGUAUUCAAAUCAAGUUAACAUAUAGCGUCUACUCUGCAAAUAGCAUGGAAAUGACCUCAAUAGUUUUCUUUCUUCCUGUGUUUUAAACACAGCAGAAAAUAUUACUGUCUUCUCAAAAGGGACCAUCUCGGAACUAGCUAUCGGUUGGGGUGUUUUCUGUCUUAGCUGUCUAAAGAACCACGCAACGUGUUUGUAUUUAAAACAAUUUUUUUGUGGGGCUUGGAUUGUGGGCGGCUGGAUGGAGAAUUGAGCUGUGAACACUACGUAAAAACUGCAUUGGAGCUUCAGACCAUCACAUGUAACCACAAUAAUUGGAAAUGGUUUUGUAUGUACAUACAUGAAAUAAAAAGUAUAAUGGAUCAUGUAGCAUCAUAAUUAAUUAAAUGCAAAAACCCCAAACAUG